CACAAAUCAAAAUGAGAAUCUGUAGUCUUCAUCAGCAUGUUGACGAGAACAAUGACUGCAAUUGAUUUGAAUAUCUACUGCACUCACACCCGCUACACACCUCACACCGAACCCGACUUUUCCGACCACUUGACUUUGAUACACACCACAGGAGUUAGCAGGACCAUUUCAUUUCAUUUAUCAAGUCUGUAUCCCCUGCUAUGCCUACAUUACUUUCCCCGAUAGCGCUUCUAUAUAAUUAUCGUGUUUUUUAUAUUUUGGUAUUGGUUGUUGCAUAAGGGUUCCCUAAGUCUAAGCAAUCUGAACCUACUAGAAAAGAAAUUAUAACCGUUGCGCUCACACUCAAUCACGCAAACGCAUGAUGCUUUUAACACGUGUUUUUUGUUGAGAUACACCCUUCCAGUCACCUAGCCAUCAAAUCACACAGGAUAAGAAAAAUCCUCACCUUUUUUAAUUACGUGACUCAUUUUCUUCCUCAAUUUGAUUUUAUAGAUUUUGAUUUUUAGCAAAGACUGCAAUCUAUCUUCAAGAUGACGGCAGAAACAGCCACGUCUCCAUCGAACGCAAAAGAGCAUGGCGAUGAUACUCUUACCGAGUACCCACCCGCCGCAGAGAUGGCCCAGAGAAGUAGGGCUGGCGGAAACACUAGAGCUGGAGCAACUGCGGCAUCGCAAAACAACGACCCCAUCUUCAACAGUGGGACUCUACCAAGUCAGUAUGGUGAGCGUGACGCACUGGUAGUCACCCGCUGCCUAGAAGCGGUGCAGGCACAGGCGAAGAGAAGACACCAGGAAGGCUUAUCGCCCUUUGCCUUCUUCGUGGGUGUCAUGAACGUCAUCGUCACGACCUACCUUUUCUCCGGUUACCCCGAACAUUUCUGGAUCCUCUAUGCGGCUGAAGUCGUCUAUCUCUUUCCCAAGCGUUACCUGCGAGCCCGCGCCGCCAGAUGCCAACUCUAUUGGCUCGACUACUGCUGGUUCGUAAACUUCAUAGGCCAGCUAAUGCUAGCAGCGGUGUUCUUGGACACGAGGUUCGGGAGGAGAGGGGAAGCGAACCAGGCGACUUCUGGAGUUAUGGUUUCGGAAUACUGAUCUGGGCAACAUUCCAUUCCAUAGACGCAUAUAAUCGCUAUAAAAGAGACACCAUGUAGUUGACAUAACAUGACAACAGUAUUAUUUUCCUGUUUAUUCCACCUCAACCACGAUGAUGUCUCUGACUCCUUUACAAAAUCGAGAUUAAGAUGAUGGAGAUACGAUAUCGUCGAGACUCGCAAACAAGUUCUUAGAACGAAUCUAGGUCACCUCUAUCCUCUAAUCCCCGAAUGUGGCCGCGACCCGCUUCAGCCGCCGAAGCCAGUCUCGCAGGUACAGCGAUUACUAGUAGUGUGCGGAGGCGUAUCUUCGGUGCGAUUUUUGGAACCGCUUGUGGGCCUCUCGGAUGGGCUACUUUAGCGCUUCAGAACGCCCUAGUUUUCCACAGCAUCGACCAAAUGAUCACUACCUUCAUCCACAUCUUUCCGCCACUGUUGUGCUACACUUUGCGAUGGAAAACAGAAGCGAUUUUGGUUAUGAUUGGCGAUGUUUUAGAUUUAGAGAGAGAGAGAGGUUAUAUAUAACUGUAGGGAUAAAGAUACAAGAAGAAGAAGGUUUUUUUAAUUGUGUGUGGCGAUUUGACUACUUGAACAAGACAAAAGCUACCGUGACGUUAACAAGAAGGAUAAAGCAUUAAGUACUUCGAAAGAACCAUCACAUACACAGACAUUGAAACUUUAUCUUGACUCGACUUCCAAAUUAUAAUCCAACAAGAAGAUGCUCGUGAACAUCUUCUAAUACCCCCGCUCACCCCGGUGUUUUCCACCUUGGCUACAUUGCUGAGUUGGAUAUUUGGUACGACAUUGUCUUUCCGUCGAUUGUCCUCUACUGGCUUUGGUGGGUGUGCUAUACCCCGUUCCUGAUCUUCUACGGCGUGAACCUGCCGAAAAGGCGUAAGCUCGACACGGUUUUCCACUCCCUCAUGCGGGGUUCUGGUCUCGUAGAGCAGUUGUCGAAUCAGUUGGCGAAGAAGCUCCCAGGCGGUCCGAAGACGAUGGAGGAUAGGCUGAGACGUCGCGCCAACAACGACUUCUCAAAGACUCAAGUCUUCGCUUACAUGCUCACGCACGCUUUCGCAGUUCACUUGUCGUUUCCGCUUGCAAUUCCCCUGUUCUACUCGAGAACGUGCUUUCGAUUCUUCAUAUUCUUCUGUACAUGUUCUCUAACGUGGAAUGCAGCGGUGCGGUACUCAUAUCAAAUGACCAACGUGUUUGAGAAGGUGAUCGUGGAACAGCUGAAACUGCACAACGCAGAAGUGGUGGUGGAUCCCAAGAAAAAAAAGUAGUAGAAGAUUUGGGAGAUCUUACUUCUAGCUUUACAGUAGCCACUUCAUUGAGCGGUUUUGGGUUUCUUUGCUCACACUGAAGAAAGAGCUUAUUUAUGACUGCUAUACCUAGUACAGACAUGAUGCAGGUACUAAAAGAAUGUACAAAUAACAACUGCUUCUCCCUGAGCGUUUCGCCAAAGUAGACGCUGCGUAUUAAAAAGCGCGACUGUGAAAUAAAAGAACCGACGUACAACUAUGGAG